AUGAUUAAAAAGUUAUUUUAUACAUUUUCAACUAUUUCUAAUCCUUAUAAAGUUUUAGGUAUAAAUAAGGGUGCUUCACAACAAGAAUUUAAAUAAGCAUAUUAUAAUUAGGCUUAGCACUGUCCUCCUGAUAAUAACUCACAGAAGGAUGCUGCUAUAAUGUUCACUCAGGUGAAUAAUGCUUACGAGAUUCGAUAGGAUGAUGUAAUAAUGUUUCUAAAUAAAAGAAAAAUAUAUGAUACUUGUGAUAAUAGUAAUGAUUAAGAUUUUAAAGAUGAGUUGAGAGGCAAUUCUAAUUGUUAUUAAUAAAAAGCAAGGAGGAAAUAAUCCAAGGGUAAAUAUUAUUCAAAAUUUCAUUUAGCAGAAUACAAGUCAAUAUUCAAUGAGUUCGAUCAAUUCCUCCAUUAGAAGCAUGGUAUAAAGAGAGCAUAUUAUGAAAAGAAAAAAAUAGAUGAUAUACAAUUAGAAUUUAAAUUGAGUUUCCCAGAUACUGUUUUUGGGGGAAAGCAUAAACUAUAAUAAAGAGUAUAGAAAUCAUGUGAAACUUAUAAUAGAUGUGUAUCAGGAUAAUCAGCUUGA